UCAAACGGUUACCUUUUCGGCCCCUUACCAAAUCGUCCCCAUCCCGUAGACGUUUUGGCCCCUGAUUACCGAGACGUUUCGGCCCUUAUUUUAAUAUUAUUUUUUUUCUUUCUAAAUAUAAGUAAAAAACAUGUAUUUUCAUUUUUUUAUUUUAAUAGACAAAGCUGUAUACAUGCAUACAAAGGUAUAGAUGAAAAUAGAUUUAAAGAAAAUAUGUGUACACUUGAAAACACAUUUUUAUAUUAUUUCUAAAUAUAAGUAAAAAACAUGUAAUUUCAUUUUUUUAUUUUAAUAGACAAAGCUAUAUAUAUGCAUGCAAAGGUAUAGAUGAAAAUUGAUUUAAAGAAAAUAUCUGUACACUUGAAAACAUGUAAAGAUUUAUUCACGAGAUAUUUUUAUAAAACGAAAUAGAGUUGAAGAAGAAAUGUUUAAACUUAUUUUUUUUAAAAUAAUCUUAUACAUAACUAUGUUGCUUAUAUUAUGUAUAAUGACAUGUCCAUUGUCUAACAUAAGUCUUGACCAAACACCUAUCGCCCGCCGUAGAUGGCACCAACAUUUUUCAGGAACUCCUCGCAGGUGACCUUAUGCGAAUCGUAUGAGUCCCACUCAUCCAUGAUCCUGGCGUUGAUGUCUCUGUAACGCUCUCGACAUAAGUUGUACAUUUUAUGAAAUUCAGUUAUUUAUAUUCAAAUCAGGUAAGGAUGAAAAAAACUAUUAUUAAUCUUAUAUUGAAUACGUAUGCAAAAUCAUACUGGCUUAAAUGGUGUUUUUAGACAGAUGGUCUUAUGGCGAAUUGUCACAUUCCACAGAGGUAUCAGGUGUUGGAAUUGUGACACUUUGUGUUUACAAGCUUAUAAAUACGUCUACAAGGUUUGUUCCGACUUUCCCAACCGCUAAUUCUCACACUUAAAGAUUAAUACCAAUUAUCUCUUCGCACCUCAAACAGAAUAUUAUUUCACUUUUUUAUCACACUCAAUACACAAAUCUGAAUCAGACAUUACAAUUUUUAACAAAAUUCCAUUACACAAUAAAAUAAAAGUAGCACAACAACGCGUUUAUAAUGUCCAAUACACAAAAAUUUAACAGUAGCACUGCAACAUGUUUAAAACAAAUGGUACCCACUUUUAGAAAUGAUUUAAUAUAUAUACUUACGUUGUUUAUAUUACUCAAAUCUUCUUUAAUCAACUGUAAAUAACAUUAACAAAUUAAAGACAAUUAUUCAUUCAAACAUCUUUGAAUGUCUUUUUCACACCCACAACACUAACAGUUUGCCUUGCAAAAUAAACGCAUGGUUCAAAGACAAAUUUUCUUUGAAGUCUUUAAUGAUCAAUUAAUAAUUAACAGUUAUAACAAAUAAACUUUCUUAGAUUUUCUAACAUUUUAUAUUAAAAAUCAGGGUUAACAUUUAUUUAGAUUUUAAUUAUAUUUUUUAUAUCAGUCAUAUCAAUGUUUUUUAUGCAUAUUUGUCUAUUUGUAAAUUUUAAGAUUUUAUUUACAACUUAUUUACAGAUCUCAUUUACAUUUAUAAGACAACCUACAAUGUUUUUCUUUAUACUCAAGAUAAAAAAUAAAAUAAAAUUAAGGUCUCUGUUGAAAAUCACUAAGGGGCCGAAACGUCUCGAGUCAUUCUAAUUAAGGGGACGAAAUGGCAGGGCCGAAACGUCUUAGGGGCCGAUUUGGUAGUAGGCCGAUUUGGUAAGGGGCCAAUUUGUCUUGCUCCCGAUACAAGUACCUAAGAACACAAUACUCUGGUGUGUAGAGUUUACCACACAGAAUUAUUGAAAGCAGUGUAGCAGACAAACAAGCAAUGAUUGAAUUACUGUACAACACGUUUUGGGAUGAGAGAUUUUGGUUUCCGGCAAAUCGAUCGCAUUCCUGGAAGUCUUUGGAGAAUGUGCCAGGGAGUAAAACAUAUUACCCAGAUGUGAAAGAUCUUAACUUGGCUUUGCUGCUUGGGGUGGCUUUAAUUGUAGUCCGCUACCUGCUGGACAUCCUCAUUGUUAUACCCAUUGCCAAGAAGAUGGGAGUAUCAAGCAGAAAGCCAAGGACAGUGGCUCCCAACACGGUUCUGGAAGCGGCUUGGAAGGACAGAAAGCCUCUAAACCACGAGGCUAUGAAGGGUCUAGCGAAGCAGACAGAUAUGACGGAGCGUCAGGUGGAGGUCUGGUUCCGCAGAAGGAAGGCCUUAAAUGCCCCAACACCACUUGCAAAAUUCAGGGAAUGCAGCUGGCACCUUAUUAUGUACACCUCGUUUUUCAUCUAUGCACUCGUUUACUUGUGGAAAGUGACACCUCAUAUUGGCAGAAUUCUAGUUUCCGCUCUAGAUGAAGAUAAUCAUACAGCAUUCAUGCUCUCAGCCCACAGGUCAAGGUCAAUCUCCGAUAAACCCUACUUCUGGAAGUCCAUAACUUGCUGGGAAGAUUGGCCUUAUCAGCAUGUGAGCAGUGACAUGUACUGGCACUAUGUGGUGGAACUGGGCUUCUACUGGAGCCUUGUCUUCACUCUCUGUACUGACCAUAAACGCAAGGACUUCAAAGAGAUGGUAACUCACCACUUUGCGACGAUUGUUCUGAUGUAUUUCUCAUGGAUACUCAACUUUGCACGUAUAGGCACCAUCGUCCUGGCUGUACAUGACUCUGCAGACACUUGGCUAGCUCUGACAAAAAUGUCCAUCUACGUGAAGAACAAGAACGCUACUGACGGAUUCUUUGUGCUGUUUCUCGUCAUCUGGAUUCUCUCAAGAGUUGUCUACUACCCAUAUGUGGUACUGUACUCGACCACAAUUGAGACGUACUAUGCCGGCAUCAUGGACAACACCUUUGGAGCCCACUGGUUCUUCAACUUCUUCCUGUACCUGCUUCAAGUUCUCCAUCUUAUCUGGACCUACAUGAUCUUCCGCAUCGUCUACAGGAAGAUUGUCAAGGGAAAUGUUGAAGAUGUCCGCAGUGAUUCUGAGGAUGAUGAUGGAGCAGAGGCUGACACUGAAAGUGAGAACGAAGCAAAAGAAACAAAUGAACUCAAAGGCAAAAAUGGGACACAAAAAAAAAAUGGCUUCAAGAAAAAUUGGUCUGCUAAGGUAAAUGGGACAAAAGAAACAGCACGUUUGAAUGGAAACAAUAAUUGAUUGACAGUUGUUUGCCUUCUACUUAGAGAUUACUCAUUUUCCAAUAAAUCCAGCCAAUGCUUUAUAUUUUCUUUACUGAUUCAUUUUAUUUUUCAUCAAUUUUCUUUAUGAGGUCAUAUUCAAAAUUUAAUUGUUUUAAACUUUUGUUUGGAAUAAUUCAUACAUGAGUCCAUACCAUUGUCAUUGAGAUGGUCCAUCUUUUUAUGCAAAUAUUUUAAUUUUAUUUCUCUUUUACUUGUUUUGACUAUCUUUUAAAGAUAACUGCUAUUUAAAAGAUAUAGAUCUACAGGCGCGGUAUCAAGCUUAACAUUAUUUUUGGUAAUAGUAUGUGAACCGAUAAUACUUUGCCUAAAAUCAAAACUGUUCUUAUGUGUAAGACAUUAUGCGUAUUUUUUUGGUUUUACUUACAGAUUGUAUAACAUGUUUUGGCAGCGUUGUAUUUCAUACACAUGCUCUCUCUAAGAGUGUUGCAUCAUGUACUUGUAUAUAGAGACAUUUUUGAUAUUUCUGACUAACUUUGAUGGUAGAACUAUUUCACUGAAUUGUUAAGUACUGUCAGGUACAUGUAAAAUUAAUCUUGACUGUGAAAUUAAGAUUUUGGUAAAAUAACAUCAUCAUCAUUAUGUUCCUUUCUAUAAUUAUGAUCUGACAGUUUCAGUUUAAUAUGCUGGGUUUUUUAUAUUAAAAGAAUAUAAAAAUGAAUGUAUAAAUAUUUGAUUUACAUGUAGUAGUUACCAUCAUUUAUUGUGAUUUUAUCAACUGCUUACUGUAUGUAUUCACUAUGUAAAAGUAGAUUUCCCUCAUUAGAUAUAAUUAUAUGUCACUUAAAAGGCUGAAUUUUGUCUUCACUUUUUUAAAGUCCAGAAAAUAAGAGUUUACAUGAUAUAUUAUAUAUAGUUUAAAACAUAUACAUACUCGUUUAUAGUUUAUUCCAGUCUCAUCAGAAAGUGUACACCAAAAAAAGAAAUUCUUGUUUGUUUGAUUUGUUGCUUCUGUAUCAAAAGUUUCACAAAAAAGGUGCUGAUAGUUAUUAUUUUAUUUAACUGAAUUUUUGUGUUCAGUAACUGUAAUAUAAGUUACCCAUGUCUGUAGCGUUGGGUCUCAUUUGGACGUUCACUAUACCAUUUACUGCUAGAUUUAACAGCAAUAUAUAUCAAAACACUGUGCAUCAUAAAGAUCAAAAUGUGCAUUUCAAAAACAUUUUACUAUUUUACUAUCAUUUAAAUUCGCCUAUAUCUGAUCACUCAUAAUUUUGAUUCCCGUAUCAGAUUCAGUUAAAAUCAUAUAGAACAAUACAAGUGUUACUAUAGAAACUAGGGCAAAAAUCUUAUCAAUUACAGCCUCCCCCCCCCCCCCCCACCCAUACGUUAUUGUCUAAAUACUAUUCUGUUAUAGACUUGUACACUCCAUUUAUUGCAUUGUGUGUCACCAGAGUGACUUAUAUAGUACAUGUACGUAACUAAUGUAAUUGUCUUGUCCUACUAGUUUUGUGUUUUGCCACACCAGCGUAGAAUGUUUAGUCUCUCGAUGUUUGUGUUGUUGACGUCUGCCUCCACAGUCACACUUCCAUUACCCUUCUCCAAUUUAAGACAUUCCUUUUACAAGUUUUGCAGCGAUGAUUAUUGGUAUAAUAUCGUGACUACCGUACAAGUCAGUUCUCCAUUGAAGAGUUAUGGUCCUUGAAUUAUGAAAAGGAUAACCACUUCCAAAACACAACACAUUUGAAUUGAAGAAUUCCAGCUGAAGAUAAGGUAGUUUUUAAGCAUGAUGAUAGAAAUCACGCUAAUAAAAACCCAAGUUCCUUCAGUACAGUUUUCUAACUUUGUUUUUUAGCAAUUUAAGUGUUGAGUAAAUCAUAAGUAUUUGCAAAAAUAAAACUUUUGUAAAGUAAAGGCAAUCUAUGGUAUUCUUAAAAAUGGAUUGGUAUGUUUAGUCUUUAGACCACAUUCCAAUGGGGUUUACUGCUUAUAUUUUUAUUUUGCCAUCUAAUGAUGAGUCUUCCAUGGAAACAAAAUUGAUCACAUCCCUGUUGAUUUGAAUAUGGGAAAUGAACAGCACCUUUUACAGUGUAGAAAAACUGAUUAUAUUAAGUUUGAUAUUUACAAUCUAAUCUAAAACGAGCGUAUUGAAAGAUCUUAUGUAAGCAGUAACAUUAGGAUUAUAAAGCACAGUCUAUUUAAGAACUUUUAAGUCCUGACCCAAGAAUUUACCUCAUACAAAAUAGAAUAACAACAAGAUGAUAGGAUUAGAUUGAUAUGCAUACUUAACUCUAAAGAAUUGAUUUGUCCUGUUUGGCAAAAGAAAUAAAAUCAGUGUAUUUUUUCUUCAUAUUUUUACUUUCUGAAGGCGUUUCUGGAGAAUUUUGUUUUUUAACCUUUGUAAUAAAGGGGAGGUAAUCUGGUUUUCAUUGUACAGGGGUAUAAUUUAUAGUUAAUGUUCAUAGUGGGAGGUGAGGUCCUUCCUGGCCCGACAACAUCAGCAGCCUCAAUCUUAUGUACCUUCCUAUGCCCUUGCCUUAUUUGUUAUAUCACACGUUAUGUUAUAAUGGCAUUGUACAAUUUACCACCAAUUAUUUUAGUAAGUGUGUUUAUUCUUUUGUUAAUGAUUAUAUUUUAUGGAAGUAAAGUAACCAUAACAAUAAAAAGUUCCACAUGGAACUGGUGCCAUAUACAUAUAUAUGUAUCUCUUGUUCAUUUUUGUUGUAAUACAUGUAAAACACACCAAAAUUUGGUGCAUUAUUAUAAAAAAGCUCUAUAUUGUUCAUAUAUUGCCUAGUAAUGUUGUGCCAUGUUAAAUCUUCAGAUUGCUCCUAUGUCAUGUUAUCACUGUCCAUAUCUUGUCAGCCAUGUUGUGCAUUUACUUUUAUUUUAUAUAUUAAUAUUCAUGAAGUACCUUUGCAUACUUUUGUUUUGUACACAUUACAGUAAGGCCAUGCCAGGUAGAUACCAUAUAUGUUAAGUGUAAACAGGGGGAUAAAUUUUAAGCCAUAUAUGUUAAGUGUAAACAGGGGGAUAAAUUUUAAGCCAUAUAUGUUAAGUGUAAACAGGGGGAUAAAUUUUAAGCCAUAUAUGUUAAGUGUAAACAGGGGGAUAAAUUUUAAGCCAUAUAUGUUAAGUGUAAACAGGGGGAUAAAUUUUCAGCCAUAUAUGUUAAGUGUAACCAGGCGUAUAGAUUUUCAGCCAUAUAUGUUAAGUGAAACCAGGCGUAUAGAUUUUCAGCCAUAUAUAUUAAGUGUAACCAGGCGUAUAGAUUUUCAGCCAUAUAUGUGAAGAGUAACCAGGCGUAUAGAUUUUCAGCCAUAUAUGUUAAGUGUAACCAGGCGGAUAGAUUUUCAGCCUUAAACUGGAAGAAUUUUUUUACCCAAACCAUUUAUUGAAA